GAAGCCGUUCAGCGCGCCUUGUUUGGCGCCAGCGUUUUCGCGGGACUGCAGAAGAAAUAGCGAGACGGCGGCAACUUCCCUGCUAUUGACAGCCAUUAGUAUUCUUUUUAAAAAGAACCCUCGCUUGGUUUGUUAGUAGAAGUUUCCCGUCCAUGCUAACGCCGCUCGUUGUUGGUUGUGUUCCUUUAAUUUCAGUGAGGACGUGAGGAUGAUGGCCACGGUCCCCAUGUCCAGUUCCAGCCUUCUCCCUCUCCUCGGGACUCUGGAGGAUGAUGCAGCCGGUGUGUCUGAGCAGACUGAUGCCUACCUUACCAUAGCCAAUCGGCUAAGUGGAGAAGAUGGAAGGCAGUUCUUUCCUUUAAUCGUUAAGCACUUUUCACGCCUGGGUAAAGCUUUUCAGACUCACAUAUCCAGCGAAAAUGAGGAGCUAAGCCAGGCUGCACUUCAGGCACUGGGUUUCUGUGUAUUCAACACACACAUUGUAUCAGGCAUUCCUGCAAAUUUUGCAGAGGAUAUCUUGUUGGCCCUUUGUGCCCUGGUGUUGAAGUCUCCAGACAAGAACACCUGCACACGAGCAUUAUGGGUCAUUUCAAAACAGAACUUUCCUUCAGAAGUUGUUGCCAAGAAGACACCGGAAAUACUCAAGACUCUAGAGGCUCUGCAGACAAAAGACAUCCAAUCUGUCCUGACAGAUCAUGAGUCGCUUAAUGUUGUUAUAAAGCUGCUGGAACAGGCUCCAGUUCAGAUGGGUGAAGGAGCAGUUUUGUGGAUUAAGCUGGUUGUACCUCUGGUAGUUCACUCAGCCUCGAAGGUGCGGUUGCGUGCAGCUGCAGCGCUAGAGAUGGGAAUGCCCCUUCUUCUAGAGAAACAGCAGGAGGUGGCUGCCAUUGUAGAGCCUAUGAUGUCUUCUAAACUUAUCCCUGAAAUGCAGAAACUGUUCUCCACCAGGAAUGAGAGCAAUGUGCUGAAGCUCUGGCCUUUAUUUGUAAAGCUUCUAGGCAAGUUGCUCCACAAAGGAGGUGCCUUCAUAAACUCGCUGCUUUAUUUAGAAGAGCUGGGCUUCCGCAGCUCCUCUCCCAGCAUUAAGAAAAUUGCAUUCCUAGCCUGGAAAAGCCUCAUAGACAACUUUGCUCUUAAUCCAGAUAUUCUCUGUAGCAGCAAGCGACUAAAACUGCUCAUGCAGCCCCUCAGCUCCAUCCUUGUGAGGACCGAAGCCUUGCUGCUCACCAAAUUAGAAGUCUGGUGGUAUCUUGUCAUCAAACUAGGGCCUAACCUGUCUACUAACUUUGAACAGGUUGGUGUACCACUGCUGCUUAAUACACUUCCUCCAGAUGGCUCAUUGGUGUGUCCAGCCACUCCUGCUAGAAACACAAGCCAGAGCAAUGGCAUUGGACUAGUUACUCCUAAAUCAGGUGGUCCCUCAUGUAGUAGUCCGGGUUCUAGCUCUCAUCUGAACAGCAGCAUGAGCACCCCCCAGUCCUAUUCCUCCAUUCAGUUGCUGGGGUUGGAGAUGCUCCUUCACUACUUUCUAGGCUCACAGGCCAGUGCUGCUGCAGCCAAGAGCAAUCUGCAGCUCAGUCUUGAGCCUUUGACACACAACCUUCUUACCAGCCACUCAUUCUUCAGCAAGCACUCCUCCACACUCAUUUCAGCUGUUAGAGAUGGCUUCAUCUCUGUGGGCAAAGAUGCUCCAGAAGCAUUGCUGAGACUGAUAUGGACCAGCCUUGUUGGCCAUGUCAAUACAACAAUAGAAGCUGCUGGUAAUAAGAAGGAGAGACAGGGUUCUGAAGUACUUACUCUCCUGCUGCAGGCCCUGCAGUCUAUUGUGUCCUCUGAAGCCCUGCCAGCUCCACGGGCUCUGGCUUUGUUGGAAGCUACUGUGAAAGCCAUACCUCAGAAGGUGCUAGGGUCUGCAGCAUAUCAAGUGGCUAACAUGGAUGUAUUGAAUGGUACCCCAGCUCUUUUCUUGAUUGUUCUCUUCUACAAGAGCAAUAUGCUUUCAUCAUUUGUGACUUAUGAAGGGUUCUUUGUGUGCUUGGAGACCCUCGUCCGUUGUGGUCUCUGUGGGCCCACAUCCCCCCUGGCCUUUGGAGAAUCUGUUUUGGGGACAGUGAGUGGCAGUGUGCAGGCUGUGGAAAAUAAAGAGCAUUUGUGGAGAAUGUGGAGUGUAGUUGUGAACCCUUUAACUGAUACCAUUACACAGACAAAUGAGGUAAAUCAAGGAGAUGCCCUGGAGCACAAUUUUAGUGCAAUUCAUAGUGCCUUGAUGUUCCCCAUUACUCAUCUUUUGCCUGGCUCAGUUCUUGCACAGAUGACUCAGAAGACCAUGCUGAGCACUUGGUCUCGACUGUACAAGGCUUUUGCUCGUUGCUCAGCUCUUGUGGCCACAGCUGAAGAGAAUGUGUGCUGUGAAGAAUUGUGCUCCAGGAUAUCUUCUGCACUGGAUGGUGAAGCCCUGAAGAGUUUGUCCACUCUUGAAGCAAUAGCAAAUAUCUUGCUGUCCAUUAUUGAAAAUGUGGACUUCUCUCCAUUUACCCCCCAGUUUCAGCAGAAGAUGAAAUCCCCACGCACACCACUAGGCUGGGUUCGAAAGAGGAACAAAGCUCUUGGCAAUCUCUCCACCUUUCACAUUCUUUUGGUGCAGUGUUUAGAGGUUUUCCUAACUUUGGCCUCUUCAGAGGAGAACAAUGCAGUUUUAAGUGGCAUUGGUACAAUGCUCUUCUCUAUUGUGUCUAUUCUUUUCACAAACCUUGCAUUGCCCACUGUUAUCCAAGAGUCAAUGGCUUCCCUCAACAAACCUCUUGCGCUUCUUUAUGGUCAAUUUGUAAGUUCUGAAGGAGAACAGUCAAAAACCCACUCUUUGCUAGCAUCCAAGUUGGAAAAGCUGGUAGGAGAUGUGUUUGGCACCUUGCAAACACGUUCUGUACUGCAGUAUGAUGAUGAGCUGCUGGAGAUUUUGUCUCCUUUGCUCUGUGUACUUUUCCAACACAAGAGCAAACACAUCCGCUCUGUCAUGACUCAGUUCUGGAAUGCCACUUUUGGAAAUGCUGUUGUGCUGACAUACCCUGACAGUCUCAGGCCUGUUUUAAGUCAAGCUAAGCAGAAGUCUCCCUUAAUAUUACCUGGUUUUCAAGCUGUUGAAAACUCUGAGGAUUUCAGUGGACAGUGCUCAAGUGAGUGUUCUCAACUUGACACCAAAAUAAGUGGUAUUAUGGUAACAUCAGUGGGAAAGAGAGAUUCCUUACUAACCAGGGCUGCAGAUCUAAAGGAGAGGAGCUCUGGAACACCCUCCAAGCCUGUAUCUGUGAAACUGGAUUUUGGGUCUCCAAAGCCACCACGCAAAGAAGUUCUUGAGGAGGAGGCAUCAGUCGAUUUUGUCUUUAUUCCACCUGAGGCAAAGGAGAGAGUGUUGACUGAACAUCAGAAGGAGGUCAAAAGAAUUAAAAGGGUUGAUAUCCCUGCUAUGUACAAUAAUUUGGAUGCCUCUUUGGAUACUACAGUCUUUACACAGUACACUCAGAGUCAAGAGGAGUCCAUGGACAAAUUGCCAACACUGGAACAAGCUGAGACCAAAGAAAUUAAUACGACUGAAGCAAAGGAUUUAAAGGACAAAGCCUCAUAUGUAAUUGAUGAUCAGAAAGUACAAGAUAACAUCAAUCCAGACACAGCUGCACAAGACAAAGCAACAAAUGAAGCAAAUGAAACUACUGAAGUUCCUCCUUCUCCAGAUGUCAUGGUUUCAGAUGUCAGUGAACUUCAGGAUUCUGCAAGCCAUAAAGAGAGCCAAAGCCCAGAUGUGUCCAGUUCAUCUGACCUGAUCUCUGGUACUCCACCAAAGCCUGGCAGCCGACGUCAGUCCUUCAUCACCCUUGAGAAAUAUGUGGAGGGUAGGCCAGCUAAUUCCCCAAGUGUUACAAAAUUUACUGGCCCACUCUCUAGGACUUCUUGUAGUCAGGAGCCGCAAAAGUCACAAAAUGACACAAAAUUGCCCUCACCUUCUUCUUACUCACAGCCAGAAACUGGUAAAGAGGUCUCUAAGGAAUCUGCUGCUAAUAUUACCCAGGAUUCUACUAAUCAGGCUGAUGAAAAAAAUUUGGAAAUAAAGGCAGAGUUAAAAUCAGUAGCUAAAUGUCCAAGUGAAGGCACAGGAGAUGAAGAUGAUGUAAUCCCAGACACCCAGAACCAAGAGCCAAAUGAGGCAGUCGAUCCUGGCAACAAGUCUUCAGACAAACCCGAUGUGGAGGUGAAUACUGAAAUUGCCUCCCAUGCUGGAGAAUCUGAGGUUUUUGUUGCUUCUCAGGAUUCAAGUCCUGUUGAACCAAGGAGGUCGGGUAGACGCAGAAGCAGACCUGUUCUGCCUGGGGAAGAGUCCGAUCAGGAAUCAAAAAGUAAGAAAAAGCCUCCUGUUAACGCAUCAACUUUAAAUGAUUCACAAAAAUCUACAUCUGCCAAGAAAACAGACCUUUUGUCAACAAGAACCAGACGAAGUAGAGUCCAAGAAGAGAAUAUGAGUGAAAGUGGCAAACAGCAUAACCUGGAACAGAAAGAUUCACCAUCUUUGCCUACCACAAGUUCAUCACAGGGAAGAGGUAGAAGUAGGAGUAAAGAGGUUAAACAGACUGAGCCUACUACUCCUUUAAAUCAAACGGAUGAUAAGAGGGAGUCUCCUCUUGAUCAAUCAGAUAGUCAGUCACAUAGUAGGCCUGUAAGGCGGACCAGAUUAAGCAAUGCUAAUGCAGACCUUUCAGACAAAAGACAAAGAGUUGAGAACUCUCAGGAGGAUUCUCCAGGUGGUGCAUCCAAACACAUAGACAGCUCUGCGUCUGAUGCUGAUAGCCAGUCACCUGCUAGACCAAGAAGAGCAAGAAGGUCUGAAGCACAAAACAAAGAUAAGCCUGGGCUGAGAAACGAACAAGUUAGUGGUCCAAGUCAUGCUCAGACACCAAUACCCACAAAAGUCAAAUUGGGUAGGCGGAAGAAGGCUGAGGAAGAGAAUUCUGAAUCCUCACAGGGUAACGAGAACGGUGAGCUACAGGACAAUUCUCAAGGACGUGGCAAAUAUCGAACUCGUCGGUCAUCUCAAGCCUUGUUAGCAUCUGGUGAGAACUCGGAGUCUGAUGCAUCAGAUACCCGUGAUGGACAAAGAUCUAAAAGGGCUAGAGGGCAUAAAUUGUCUGAAAUAACACCAAGCACAGUGAUUAAUGAAACUACUCCUGUGGAUGUGUCGGACAAGAAAGAUGAAGAUCGCCUUUCGGUUCCAAUGGACGUGUCUAAGAAUGAGCCAGAAGCCUGUUUAAUUGUUAGCCCACUGAAUGAGAUUAAAGAUAUUCGUGAAGCUGAUAACAAAGAAGAAGCCCCUGUAGCAGACGUCCAAGCAAAUGAACAUUACACUUCUGAUGUAAAAGCAGCUGAUGAUGAGCAACAAAGUGACAAAGACUCUAAGAUGCAAACAGAUUCUGAUAAAGAGGAGUCUAUUAACACUCUUCUGGAAGAGGGGACUGUCGAGAACGAAGCUCUUCCAUCUUCACAGAACAGCCUACAGGUAGCUGGAAAAGUUGAAUUAAAAUCUCCGAAAUUGCAUACAUGUCCACACAUUAAAAAAGGCCGUGGUCGUAAACGCCCCACUAACUGUAACUGCUUCCAAGUUGGCAACACGCCUUCAAAAGAAGAAUGCAGUAAUUCGCAAGAUGUACAGAAUCUCAAGGAAAACAUAGUUCUGCUUGAAUCAAGCAGCCUGCCAUCUGAAGCGGAGUUGAACAGUAUUACACCUGUCUUACCACAAAAAGAGUGUGUGGCACUUCAAGAUGACUGUCCUGCUGUUGCUAAUAUAGAGUCUUCUCCAUCCUUGCCCAUCUUGACAGAGGCAGAGGUGCCUGCUGAAAACCUAGUGGAAGAGCCGAAUGAAAGAGUUUUCCAGACCUCUGAUGUGAACGAAGUUUCAACCCAGGCAGAGGAGCACCACAAAGACAACAUGGAUGAGACAGAGAAUAAGCAUGAGGAAAAGGAACAAGAUAAAACUUUUUCAGUAGACAAAUCUAACCAGGAACAACCACAGGAAGGUCCAGGUGUACCAGAAAUCUCUCCAAGCCCUAGCGAACCUGUGGAGGAUAAACCAGUACACCCAGAACAGUCUGAAUCUCCCGUCAGUCAGGACGAAAUGGUUCACAGUGGAGAAAAAACUGAGAUGCCAGAAAAGGAGGAACCUGUGCCUGAGCUGGAGGGUGCAGUUACUGCACUUCCAGAGGGUACUGAAUUAGACCGGAUGCCUCAGGAAGAGGGGGAUGAUGGUGAAGCGACACAAAUAGACAACCUUCAACCUGAAACUGCUCUGCCUUGUGAAGCAUCUGUACCUCCACAAACUGGCUCAACGGAAGCAUGCUUGGACUCUCCACCCAAACAGAAGCCCUCAGAUUCUCUCAGUAGAAACACAGAAGUGAGGGACAGUCCCAGUAAUAGUGUCACACGAGGUGUAUGGUCACCAUCAGCUUCUCCCUCUACAAGCAUUCUGAAGAAAGGACAGAAGAGGCAAUGUGAGGAAGAUACUCCAUCACCUCUCAUUAAGUCUCGCAGAGUGUCCUUCGCAAAUCCAAUAUACCAGCAGGAAUUGGCUGAUGAUAUUGACCGCCGUAGUCCAGUAAUACGAACCAGCUCUCCAAAAUCAAAAGCUGUUGGACAGUCUAAGUAUAUUACGACACCUACAAAAGGCCUGCUGUCCCUCAGCCCUCGCAACCUUCGCAGUCCGGGUUACAGGAGUUCAAAGAAAUGCCUGAUCUCAGAAAUGAGUCAGGAGCCCCGGCCUAUUCCAAAGGAUUGUGUUUAUCCUGCUCUUGUCUGCUGUUCAACUCCUGUGGAGGCUGUUCUGCCGCAGAUUUCUUCUGCAAUGUGGCCUAGAGGCUUUGGUCAGCUUGUGCGUGCUAGGAAUAUUAAAACAGUUGGAGAUCUGAGUGCUCUCUCCCCAAACGAAAUCAAGUCGCUCCCUAUUCGCUCACCUAAAGUGUCAAAUCUCAAAAAAGCCCUGAAAACCUAUCAUGAGCAGCAGCGCAAAGGGCGGCCAGAUGACCUGAAAAGCUUUGACGAAAUGGAGAAAAUGACCUCUGAACCCGAGGAGACUCCUGCAGCUCCAAAUCAAGAGGAGGACCAGAUGCCUGGAGAUGGACAAGAAGUCCUUUCUUCAGAAGUGCCAUCUACAGUGGAGGAGAAACAAGAAGAACCAGUGCCUGUGGAUCUCCUAUCAGAUGUUGCUGCUCUGGGAUCUCGUCUAACCAACGAGGAGCUCAGUCGUUGUUCGCCAAGGGAACUGGGUCUGAUGCAUGAACAACUCAGUGGCAUGAUGAGGAGUAUUGUGGAUCAUCUUCAGUCACGUUUAAUCAGCAACCUUGAGGACAGUUUGUCGUGAUGGCAACCAGCAUUCUCAUUCUCAGCCUUCUACGUGGAACAUGCCUCACCGGUUUUUGAUAUUGUUAUUAUCAGUGGACAACUUGGUUUUUAGUGAUUUGUUUUAGCUGUGGAUCUUAUAACAUCAUCUUUUCCAGACUGAUGGGACGGGUCUGCAAAUACCUGCUUGGAGACUAAAAGCUUGUACCAUAUUCAUUUCCUUUCGAGAGCAUUCUAAGGAUCAGUGGGCCUUGCUUAGCCUUUUAGUGGCGCUUCUUUAAGAAAUCCAUGCAGACCAGAAUGCAGAUGGCACUUUUAGUAUUACUAUACUUUUUUAUUUUUAUUCUUUUGGUUUUAAAUAAAGGAAUGAAGGUGUAAGAGUGUUGUUUUAACUGAGAAUUUACCAGCAUUGAUUGAUUGCCUUGGAGCAUUAUUUAUUAUGGAACAUGGUGAUCCUUGAUACAUCCACCAUUCCCAAGAUGUAAUGGGUAAUCCAACUCGCACAUUUUAUAGUUCAUAUUAGUCAUUUUUCACAUAAUUCACAUUUGUUCCUCUUUAUUCAGUUAAGACUGCCAGUGAACAGUGUAGAAUUUAACACAGUAAAUUACAUUCAUGCAGCCAGAUUUGAAGAUAUGAAAUUUGAGGAAAUCUGUAGAAAGGUAUGAACUCAACAUUUGGUAUUGUGAACUCUUCAGUCACUGGCAGCCUUAUUUAAGAUAAUUAACAUUUCAUUUCUAUUAUUUAGAAUUCUAUAUUCAUAACAAACCCAAAUUCAUGCAGAGAUCUUAGUUCAUGUCUUCUUUUAUCAGUACUUUAUUACUAUUGCUAACUAUUAAUUUAAUCAUUUCAUACAUGGUCUCAACACAAGGACACUUCAGUGUUUGUUUUUAAAAGCGAUAUUUAGUAAAAGUGGAAACGCAUGUGGCUGCAUGCAAUGUUGUGUAAUAAAACCAUCUAAAACCUGGA